CAGAAUGAAUGAAACAGUGGUCAGCUCAGGAUCGAGCAAAGUUGCGUGUUUUCUGCCGAUCUUGCUUUCAGUACCCAACGAACUGUGGUGAGGUAGUUUACGUCGCUCCGCAAGCAUAUAUACUUCGAAAGUUCCUAUGACAUAUCGAUGUAAUUGAGCGUUUUCGUGAAUGAAAAGUAAAACAUAAAUUUCGUCCCAACGUAAAAGUGUAAUUUCUGUGAUUUUUUGAUCAAAUGACCUAAACGGUGCGCUUCUUUCUUUAUUGUCUGUUUAAUUGUUGGGAAAUUCCCAGAAAUGACGAUGCUUACCGCAGUGAUCUCUCUUUUUUGUGUAAUAACAAUUCAGGUUGUUCUUGGAAUCGAAACCUAUUGUUUGAACAAUAAUUAUGUUACCAAUGGGACACAUAUGCAGUUCACUAAAGAACCUAGUGUGGAGGAAUUUGCCAUAGUUGGUACCUUCAAAGGAUUGCACUGCUGUGCGAAGAAUUACAGGAGCAUCGAAUGGUAUAAAAAUGGAAAGCCUUAUCCAUGGCCGUUAACAAGUUCUCAGCUCAUUCUGUACCCUGAAGAUGCCAAUCAAACGGUGUAUACCAAAUCGGUAUCUGAGAGUGACGCAGGAAACUACACGUGCAUUUUAAGGAACGAUAGUGUUGUUCACUUUCAUACGAUUAUUUUGAAGGUGUUAGCUAAAGUUCCCGAUGAGCCACAAGUGACAUAUGUAUCAAGGGAUGCUGAAUUAGCUGUUGGAGAUAGUUUGAGGUUGUUUUGUGAAGCUUUCGGAGGACGAAUAGAUCUUCCUGAUGCUCACAAUGAAGCCAUUUGGUUCAAAAUGGAUUCAAAUCGAACCCUCAAUAACGAAACCAGAAUCCAUCAAGAAAAAACAUCUAGGGAAGACGAUCAAACAUUUGGUACCUAUUUGAUCAUCAAUGACAUCCAGCCUGAAGAUUUUGGAAUCUACGUUUGUACGAUCAAGAAACCAGGAAUAACGAAAAAUUUGACUGUCAGCUUGAGGCAGAAAGUUAUGCUUGAAUACAUCCAUCCUAAUCCAUUCCCAAUGGGGAAAAUUCUGAUUAUAAUGGUGGCAGUAGGACUCUUGCUGUUGGCCCUGUUUGUCCUCAAUCUGCGCUUUGGCCUGGAUGUCAGGCUGAGAUGUAAGAAUGCAUUUGGACCAUUGGAAGAAGAUGAUGGUAAAAUAGAUGAUGCUUUGAUCCUUUACUCGAGCAAGGAUGAAGAUAUUGCUUUGAAUGUAUUGCUACCAAAACUUGAAGUGGAUUACCAUUACAAAACUGGUUGCAAGAAAUUACCGUCGAAUAUCGAUAUUUGGAUUAAUGAAUUGCAUGCGUCCUCCCAGAAAAGUAGAAGGAUUAUUUUCAUUUUAUCACCAAGUGCCUUGAAUGGAACUUGGGACAAUGCCACGAUCUACAAGGCAAUAAAAUUGUUGGAUUCUCUAGGACCAUCCCUCAUUUGCAUCAUUCUGGAAAGACUACCUACCAUGAAACAUGAACUCAAAAACAGCCAAGGAGAAACUUUGAAAUCGGCACUGAAUUUGGUUGAAGUUAUAGAUUGGAUUAACCCGCCUAGUGAUAAAUUUUGGAUGAACUUAUGUCUGAGGAUGCCCGCCAAAAGACAUUUGAACGUUUCUGAAGAAAAUAGCACCCGUCUGAAGAGGAGUGUUAGCCGACAAGAAAGUCUGGAUAAUCUAGUGUAAUUAAUAGCAACUUUGUACUCUAAAGUGACAAUUUGAUAUCACCUAAUUUAUGUACUAUAAUAUACUUAUAUUUUUAUAUCGUGCUUUUGUGAUUUUUAUAUGUGUUAUAGGCUGUAAGUUUUGUGUUUUGGAAAUUUAUUGAUAAGUAAAUAUUUCUUUCCACUUUUUCUAUUUAUUCUUAUUUUUGCAAUGUACUUGAAUUCCACUUACGGAGAUUUGAUCUGAAAGUGUUUUUGUAUCCUUUAUAUUGGCGAAUUUGCCUAUUGUGAUAUGUUAUUCUGCUUUUAGUUAUUUUGUAAGUUGCUCAAUAUAUAUUUUAAGUACG